AUGAAUGAUAUUACUUUCUCCAAAAGAAUAGAGAUACUAGAUGAAUGCAUAAGGAAGCUUGAAGUAGAUGCCUCUAAGGAAAGGGAGUCGAAGCUAGAAGAUAUGUUUCGGAUUUGUGAUCGUCUUGUCGAGUGUGGGCAGCAAUCCCCUAAGCUUGUAGGGCAAUAUAACGAACUGAAGAAUAGGUACAGAUGCAUUGCAAGACCGUACAAAGAGUUAGAUGACGAGAUAUCUGCAUGUAAGAUGCAUAUGGAAGUAUUGAGCAGAAAAGACACGAUUAAUGAGGUGGCCAGGAGUGUUCAAGAGAUCAUUGCAGUUUCAGAUUAUAUAAACUAUGCAAUCAAUGAUGCUAUAUUUCCCAUAGAUAAUGUUAUGGAGCAUCUUGAGGAAGGAGAGCAAUAUGGGAUCCUCAGUAACGAGCAGCUAUCAAUUUCCAGAAGAAGAAAGGUUUGGAAGGUCAGAAUCAUCAGGUCCAUGCUGCUUAUUGUGUUUACUUUGGCUGCAAUAUUCAUGGUUGUUAGGUUUUCUUUCUGA